AUCUACUGGCUCACUGGGAGGAUGACAUGCUUGGCGUUGAGCCGCUGGAGCUGCAGUUUGGGUAUAACAUGCAGAAGCAGUUAUUAUUAUGUUCAGUUGAGCUAAGCAAUGAUACUGAUGGCUUCAUAGCCUACAAGAUUCAAACGACGAGCCUAUUGCCAUGCUCCAUAGAGCCAAAUAGUGACAUUGUGAACCCACAAUCCAAACAUUGAGUGGAUAUUUCAUUACCUAUAGCUAAGUCACAUGAUCAUGAAGAAGCAUGCAAAUAUAGUAAUAAGCAAUGCACAGUGUUCAUCGUGCAAAGCAUUAAAGUAAAUGAAGGCUAUACAACACAUGAUAUUGAAGAUAUGCUUGAUAAACAUUCGACGGGUCACCAUGUUGAUGAGAUUCAUUUGGAGGUUGUUUCUGAAAAACCGUGCAGUAAAGAGGAGAUCCAAAGAUUUGGCAAAGCCGAGCCCGACGACGUGGAGGCAGGGGCGAGCAGGAGCAGGGGAACUGAGAUGAGUCCCGUGGAGCCCGCCGACGUGGAGGCAGUGCUGAUCUCGAAGGUCCGUCCGCAGCUCCGUCGCGUGGAUGAAGACGCAUUCACGCCGCAUGGCAUGGUGAUUGGUCUUUACAACCAUGGUAAAGGUCUUUCUAAAUGGACCGAAAUGAAGGAGCAAGCCGUCCGCGAUAUUAUGUCUCUCGAUCAAGCGGGCGUGCUUAUGGUGGAGCUGCAGAAUCUGGAGGACAAAGCAAGGAGGUGCUAUGACGAUGCGCCCGACCGCUGUUUGUCGUCGAUGCAGUUCUCCAAUAUGCUGCUGCACGAUGGCUGCUAUCUGCUCUCUCUCUUUUUGGAUUAUGGUGCACGAUCUGAGCUGGACAACAACGCCCCGCAGUACAGAUAUAGAUAUCCCGAGAGCGCAGGCCGCAGACUCUCCCGGAGCGCGUUGGUGCGCGACACCGUGUUUCUCGUUGAGAAUCAGAUACCUUUCUUUGUGCUUCAGAAGAUCCACGACGUCGUCACAGGAGGCAUCACCCAGUUGACAGUCAUCCAAGAACUAGCAGUUGGUGUCCAGGAGCUUCUGCAGGCACAGCGCUUCAUCAGCGAGGAGCUGCGGCUGCGGCGGGUGCCUCCGUCGACGUCCCACUUACUGCACCUGGUGCACGCCCACUUUCAGCUAAAUAUGCCGCAGAUAAUGGUAAAGAACAGGACAUGGAUCAAAGGUCGGUGGCGCCGUGCGACGGAGUACAGCUGCUACGGCAACCUGCGGUUCAAGCGUAAGGACUUCAUGGACGGCAUGGAGUCUUCCAUCCUGGACGUGAGGUAUCAAGAAGGUACGCUGUGGAUCCCUCCCCUGCGGAUCGACGGCAACACUUUGACGAUCCUACGUAACCUCAUGGCGCUGGAGGAGGAGGAGCAUAUUCCACACCGGACCGUGACGGCCUACUGUGUCUUCCUGUCGCAGCUGGCCGGCACGGUGGAGGAUGUCAAGCUCUUAGUUGCCGCCGGGAUCAUCGAACCAUUCCUGUCAAGUGACGAGCAGGUGGCUCAAGGCAUCGCCAACCUCCAGAACGGGGUAUUGUUGGGCGACGUGGAUGACAUCUGGGAAAACUACCUCAAUCCCGUUUGGCACGUCCUGGACACGCGCUGCAACAAUUGGAUGACCAGAUUCGUGGGAAAGUGUAACAACAUUUUCUAAAUAUUCCUAUGGCCAAUGUAAUUUAUUUUAUGAUGAUUCUCAUAAAAGAUUUAGUAUGAUGGUUGCUAAAUACAGUACUCCCUUUGUUCAUUUUUAU